AUCUGGAAACGAAAAAAGAGAGAAAAAAGUGACAAACAACAAGCAAAAGCAGGAGAGAAGAGAGCACAAGGCACGGUAUUUGUCGGUGUCGUGUCCGAGUUUCUUCAUCCGGUGGCGGCGCAGUGACGCAAACAACCCUAAAAAGAAAAAGAUUGAAUCUUUGAUUUUUUUUUUCUCCCCGCACUAAAACCCCACCAAGUGUCUCUCUCGCUAUACAACAGUGCUUCCUGUCGGCUAAACUUGCGACUUUUUUGUCAUUUCCUCCUCUGCCUGAAUUUAUAAAUUCAAGAAUUAGGGUCUUGUUGCUUUCGCUGUGAUGAAUCCGCAUCCGCAAGAACAACCGCAACCGGAACCGGAACCGCAGCCGCAUGCGGAGGGCCAUCGUGGUGAAGGGAGCACUGAGACGGCGGAGGAAGAGGAGGUGCAGCAGCAGCAGCAGGAGACGGCUGAGUCGAAGGAUCCAGGUUCUGCCGAGGAGACGUCGCCGGCGACAUCAGCAGACGGCGGAGAGAGAGAGGACGAUCCCAUGGAGGUUGACUCAGUGAGUCCGGCCACAGUGUUCCGUGUUAGGCUCAAGCAGCCUAAUUCGAACUUGCUCCACAAGAUGAGCGUCCCGGAAUUAUGCCGUACCUUCAGUGCCGUUGCUUGGUGUGGGAAACUCAAUGCCAUAGCUUGCGCUUCAGAAACAUGUGCAAGGAUUCCAAGCUCUAAUGCUAAUCCACCUUUCUGGAUCCCCAUACAUAUCUUGAUACCGGAGCGUCCAACUGAGUGUGCAGUGUUCAAUGUUGUAGCUGAUUCUCCUCGUGAUUCGGUUCAAUUUAUCGAAUGGUCUCCCAUUUCUUGUCCUCGCGCUUUACUCAUUGCUAAUUUCCACGGAAGGAUAACUAUCUGGGCUCAGCCUUCUCAGGGACCGGCUAAUUUAGUGCGUGAUGCUACCUCCUGGCAGUGUGAGUACAAAUGGCGUCAAGACAUUGCUGUUGUCACAAAGUGGCUAGCCGGGGUUUCUCCAUAUAGGUGGCUGUCAUCUAAAUCAAGUUCUGCUACAAACUCAAAGUCAACUUUUGAGGAGAAGUAUCUCUCACAAAACUCUGAAAGUUCAGCUCGCUGGCCUAAUUUCCUUUGUGUGUGCUCUGUUUUCUCAUCCGGCUCUGUUCAACUUCAUUGGUCUCAGUGGCCUUCUAGCCAGGGAGGCACUCCGGCAAAGUGGUUUAGUACGAGUAAAGGUGUUUUAGGUGCGGGGCCUAGCGGGAUCAUGGCCGCUGAUGCCAUAAUAACUGAGAGUGGAGCCAUGCAUGUGGCUGGGGUUCCGAUAGUGAACCCCUCUACAGUUGUAGUCUGGGAUGUGACUCCUGGUCCUGGAAAUGGAUUCCAGUUCACUCCGAAAGUAUCUACAAGCAGUUGUGUGCCACCAUCUCUUGGUUCCCCAAUUUGGCCAGGUUUUGCUCCUUUAGCUGCAUAUUUGUUCAGCUGGCAAGAAUAUUUGAUAUCUGAAACAAAGCAAGGGAGGAAACCAGAAGAUCAAGAUUCUAGCGAUUCAAUAUCACUUAAUUGCUCGCCCGUUUCUAAUUUUUCUGCUUAUGUUAGUCCUGAGGCUGCAGCUCAGUCUGCGGCAACCACUACAUGGGGUUCUGGCAUUACUGCUGUUGCUUUCGAUCCAACUCGUGGUGGUUCUGUCAUAGCUGUCGUUAUAGUCGAAGGUCAAUACAUGUCACCAUAUGAUCCAGAUGAAGGUCCUUCAAUCACAGGAUGGAGAGUGCAGCGUUGGGAAUCAAGUGUUAAACCCGUGGUUUUGCAUCAGAUAUUUGGAAACCCGACUUCAAAUUCCGGUGGGCAGGUUCCAAUGCAAACUGUCUGGGUGUCCAGAGUAGAUAUGAGCAUACCACCAACAAAUGAUCUUAAGUGUCACCAAGCAGGACCUAAUGUGGAUGCCCCAAAGGAAUCUGAUACUGGUGAGGACAAGACCAACAAGGUUGUCUGUGACCCCUUUGAUCUGCCAAGUGAUGUCCGGACACUGGCACGGAUUGUCUAUUCUGCUCAUGGUGGUGAAAUUUCUAUUGCUUUUCUUCGGGGUGGUGUUCAUAUCUUUUCUGGUCCAACAUUUUCACUCGUCGAGAACUAUCAAAUAAAUGUUGGAUAUUCAAUUGCUGCACCCGCGUUUUCUCCUACGAGCUGUUGCUCAGCUUCUGUCUGGCAUGAUACUGCCAAGGACUGUACAAUGUUGAAAAUCAUCCGUGUUCUUCCUCCCGCCCUUCCAAGUGGCCAAUCUAAGGUUAAUCAAUCAACCUGGGAGCGGGCUAUUGCUGAGAGGUUCUGGUGGAGUCUUUUGGUUGGAGUUGAUUGGUGGGAUGCAGUUGGCUGUACACAGAGUUCUGCGGAGGAUGGGAUCGUUUCGUUGAACAGCGUGAUUGCUGUCCUGGAUGCGGAUUUUCACUCACUACCUUCACCACAUCACAGAAAACAAUAUGGUCCUAGCCUAGACAGGAUAAAAUGCCGGCUGCUUGAAGGAACCAAUGCUCAAGAGGUCCGUGCAAUGGUGUUAGAUAUGCAAGCAAGAUUGUUGCUAGACAUGCUUGGGAAAGGAAUAGAAUCCGCUCUUGUGAAUCCUUCGGCAUUGGUUACUGAGCCAUGGCAAGCAAAUGGGGAGACAUUAUCCAGCAUCGAUCCCGAGGCAAUGGCAGUCGAUCCUGCUCUUGUCUCAAGUAUUCAGGCUUAUGUGGAUGCUGUUCUUGAUCUAGCGUCUCAUUUCAUCACGCGUUUGAGGCGUUAUGCAAGUUUCUGUCGCACACUGGCAAGCCAUGCUGUUUCUGCUGGAACUGGAAGUAAUCGCCAUAUGGUUACCAGUCCGACACAAAACGCUUCAUCUCCUGUAACAUCUCAGGCAGGCCAGACUGGUGCUACGAACUCUAGCGGGAACACGCAAGUGCAAGCUUGGGUACAGGGUGCAAUUGCGAAAAUCAGUAGCUCAAGCGAUGGAGUGUCAAACUCUACUGCAACUGCUAUAGGCGGUCCAACGAGCUAUAUGCCAAUAAGCAUCAACACUGGAACUUUUCCAGGAACACCUGCUGUUCGGCUCAUUGGGGACUGUCAUUUUCUUCAUCGGUUAUGCCAGUUGUUGUUCUUUUGUUAUUUCUUUCGCCGGGCGCAGGUCCAGAGGUUUCCUCAGAGAAAUGCUGAUACUAGUACGCAAAAGCCUCAAACUGGGGUCACAGGCAAGGUGGAAGAGGUGAAUUCUGUUAAGUCAAUAUCUGCCCUGAGCAGGACAGAGGAAGUUUUGGGAAACCGAAGUCCCCUGUUGGGUAAUGGAGUGAAAGGGGUUGAUGAAAAUCUUGCACCACGUACGAAGAUGGGUUCUGGGAAUGCUGGUCAAGGAUAUACUUUCGAGGAGGUGAGAGUUCUUUUCCUUAUACUGAUGGACCUCUGUCGGCGAACAGCUAGUCUUGCACAUCCUUUACCUGCCUCUCAGGUAGGUAGUGGGAACAUCCAGGUGCGAUUGCACUAUAUUGAUGGAAAUUACACUGUGUUGCCUGAGGUGGUAGAAGCAGCUCUAGGACCUCAUAUGCAGAACAUGCCUCGUCCUAGAGGAGCUGAUGCUGCUGGCCUUCUACUCCGUGAGUUGGAGCUUCAUCCACCGUCUGAAGAAUGGCACAGACGGAAUAUGUUUGGAGGACCCUGGUCAGAUCCUGAUGAGAUGAACCCGACAGAUGAUACAUCCAAACAUUGUUAUUCUGUGGAUUUGCUCGAUACAAGCCCUUCAGAAAUCUAUGAUGUCUAUGACAGAGUCCAGAGCUUGUGGCCAAGAAAGCGGCGGAUGUCUGAAAGAGAAGCGGCUUUUGGUCUGAAUACUUCUGUGGGUUUGGGUGCAUAUCUAGGUAUUAUGGGAUCUAGGAGGGAUGUUGUCACAGCGACGUGGAAAACUGGUCUUGAAGGAGUUUGGUACAAGUGCAUAAGAUGCUUAAGGCAGACAUCGGCAUUUACUUCACCAGCAGCAUCCAAUCAGUCGAACCAGAAUGAACGAGAGACUUGGUGGAUCAGCCGUUGGGUCUAUUGUUGCCCCAUGUGUGGCGGAACGUGGGUCCGCGUUUUGUAGAGUGAAUGAGAACGAUCAAACUAGUUUUAACUACUAACCAGAAUUUAAGAGUCUGAAGACAGUGAGGAGACCUCAGCAGCAUAUAUGCAUGUAGAAUAGUGAAAGUGUUCACCUGAUGGUCAGAUGGGUUGUGUUCAUAAGCUGGUUCUCUUGCUUAUCCUGCAACUUCCAAGCUACACUGCUAAGAACCCAUGGUGAUCUUGAUGGAGCUGGAAGCAAGAUUGGUCUGACAACGAUGUUAGAAGCCAAAAAAGGUAUGGAUUCAGACAUUCUGCUGAAGCUGGUGUUACUGAAAAGCCCUUUACUGGCUUCUGAUUGUCCUUUGUUGUACAUGUACGUUUACUUUAGCUCAAGUGCUUAAACCCAUUGUACAGAAACUUUAGAUGGUGACUGGCAGGAUUGAAGAAUUGCAUCACCCUUGUGUUUUU